CAUAGAUAAAUGUUUUCAUAAAAUGUGGAUUCAGCACACAUAGGACGCCCACUGCAAUAUAUAUUUCCAAGUGCCGUGCCCUUUCUCGCACAUCCAUUUGUUGAUCUUUUAUCUUCUCUCCUGGUGGAUUGGUAACUAAUGGGUUUCGCAAGUACCGAUCUACCAACUUUGUUGAUGAUGGCAGCUCUUUUUCCAGUGUCUUUGGGUGCUGUUUACAUGGUGGGGGACUCUGCUGGCUGGACGUUGCCAAUUUUAGGCAUAGUUGAUUACAACAAAUGGACUUCUAACAAGACCUUUCAUGUUGGUGAUAUUAUCAUAUUUAAUUACAAGAGUCUAAUUCAUAACGUGAGAGAAGUAACGCCGCAAAAUUUUAAGAAUUGCAAUGCAACGUCUCCCAUCGUUAGUUACGAGAGUGGGUUUGAUGCAAUCACCCUCAAAACACUUGGCCACUGGUAUUUUCUAUGUGGUGUUGCUGGUCACUGUCAAAUGGGAAUGAAGGUUGACAUCAAGGUCACUCCAUUUUCUCCCCCCCCAACUGCCUCCCCCGCACCGGCUCCUAUUUCUGGUGCUUAAUGGCUGCAACUGGUCGACCCAGUUACACUGUUCCAUCGAUCUGUCCCCAUAUAUAUAUAUAUUCAUCCUCUUAUCAAUAUGAAUCACCGGUUCUGCUUUUGCAUGUACUAGACGUACAGUUUUGUCGGAUAUUAUAAUACUGGCUGGAUCUCUGAAAGUUUAAUGCUUCGAUUGAUUUUUAUUUUAAUGGACGCGAUUAAUAUGUACAUAUACAUUGAGGUGGGUGGGCAUCUAGUAUAUGCUUUAUCAUUUU